AAAAUUUUGAAGUUAAUUUAGUUGAAGUUCAAAAUGGCCUCACAAAUUAUAAAAAUAUUUAUUUUUUUACGUUAAUUUGAAAAAUUUACUAUUUAUUGGAGUGCGGUUUCUUGCAGGAUUAUCAGCCAAACAUCGUAUGAUAUUGUCAACGUUUUUUUAUCGACCGAAAUCAAACUUUUAACCAAUGGAUCAAAAUGUACUAGUACUACCCUUUGCGACUGUUGUAAAAUGUACCAAGGUGUCCUGAUAAGCUAGCAAAAUAAAAACAACAAGGAAAAAUGGAGUCCACUUUUCCAGGAGUGUCUUCCUUCCCUGACAUCAAAGUUGAAUUUUCAGAAUUCAACAUAGGUGAUAACAUCCUGAAAAACGAUUUCUCAAGUGAUGAAGAUAGUCUCAACGGGGCCCAUCUAAACUUUGAGCUCAACAAUGACACAGACAGUGAAGACUUGGAUUCCCUCACAAAAACAGUCAGAAAAAAUCGCCGCAAAGCAUCAGCCCCACAAAGAGCCGUGCAAAUUGAAUCUAGUCAAGCUGGAUUCAUUGAAAACAGUUCAGAGUCCUCACAAGACAACAUGGACAGUCUCAACUUCACUAGUAUACAGAACUUGAGUUUCAGACUGAAAGAUGAUUCAUUGCUUGAUUUUGGGGACAGUGAAGAUAUUUGUGAGGAUAUGCUUGAGAAUAUCAGUGAAGAUGACAUUUUCAAGGAUUUGCAGGAAGAAGCAGAUGGAGAAACUUUGGAUGAAGAGAUGAUAGACAAUGUGAAAGAAGAGUGGAGGGCCCAUUGGGGGGUGAAAUGUAAUAUGUGUGAGCAAGUGUUUCCCUUUAAAACUGAGUUUGAUAAGCACUAUAUCAGCAGCUACAAAUUGAAUCCUGUAUAUACCUGUACUUUUUGCAACAAAUCUGCUGAGAAGUACUCUACAUUUCGUUCUCAUUGUUAUAGACAUAUAACUGAAGGACGUUAUAAGUGCCAAGAAUGUCCAAAAGGGUUUAGUUUGCAAAGUAUGUUGCAUGUUCAUGUUAUGGCAAAACAUACAAAGGCAAAACCUUUUAUGUGUGAGGAAUGUGGCAGAAGUUUUGUUACUAAACCUGGCCUAAAGAUUCACAUGAAGAAACAUAAGACUGAAACAAAAGAGGAUUAUCCUUGUGUGGAAUGUGGAAAAGUAUUACAUACAAGAGGUGGUUUGACAUCACAUAUGAACGUCCAUCGAUUGGGCAGGAGAUUCAUGUGCGAUGUUUGUGGAAAAACGUUCACACAAAAAGUCAACAUGCAACAACACGUCAAACAACAUACAGGGGAUAAACCACAUUCUUGCUCCAAAUGUGGAAAAACGUUUGCCGAAAAAUCACACUUGGUGAGGCACUUCAGCUUUCACAGCGAAGUGCGUCCUUUCAAGUGUGAAGUGUGCCAAAAAAUGUACAAGACUGAGAGAUGCUUGAAGGUGCACAGUUUAGUGCAUGCUGCUGCUCGACCGUUCGUUUGUGGCUACUGUAGUAAGGGAUUCCUGAGUAGCACCAAAUUGAAGCAACACUACAACAUCCACACGGGCGAACGCCCCUACAAGUGCAAAUACUGCGACCGUACCUUCACCAACUACCCCAAUUGGUUGAAGCACACGCGCAGAAGGCACAAGGUGGACCACAAAACGGGGGCCGAGCUGGAAGCGAAGCCCGACGCGUCUAGGGCUCCGGUGAAAGAAGAGGGGAGCCUCCCAGCGACCCCGGGUUCCGUGGGAGCUGAAAAAUUAGAGGUAGAAACAGCGACACGCACAUUCAAUGGAGAACUGACUCACAAAAUCGAAACUUCCGAAUCAAAUUCGACAAUUUUGUCGUCAGUUUCUGACAUCGGUAUACUGGGCGAUGUGAAUUUGACCAGGGCCGAAGAGGUAUUUUUGCAGCAGGCUCAACAAGGCAUGUUUGGUUACCCUAUACUGGACGAUAAGUUUUUCGGCCAGCAAAUGGACUUUUUGACAGCGACUUCUAGCACAUCGAUGAACAUUCUUGUUCCGUACUUCCAAACGACGUUGCCAAAUCAUCAGACGAUAUUGCAACAUACGGCGCAAAACAAUUUGCCAGUUCAAUUGAACGAUCUUAAUCUUAGUUUUGUACUGGAAUCUUGAAUAAUUGUGUUUGUGUGUGUGUGGGUGUGUUUGUAUAGGUCGUAACUGUAAUGAACUGUUUUGUCAAUUUGUGAAUCAAGAGUUUUUAUGUUAUUUUAUGUCGGGGAAACGCGAUUUUGGCCUAACUUAUGUGGAACAGUUACAAGUUUUCACCCUGUAUAGUAAUGUUGAAUUUUGUCCCAAGAAGUUCAAACCUGAAAAAAAGUAGUAAAGUGGGUUCCCAGGUUUUCCACCCUGUAUGAUAUUCGAUAAAUGUCAACCCAAUAUUAUUUUCAUUUCAAUAAUAGGCGAGUAGACUGAUUUUUUUAUUUUUUAAAUAGAAUCAUCACUCAAAUAUUUUUCAAUUUUAUAUUUCUUUGGAAUUUUUUGGUCGAUUUUAAGGUGCCAAAAUCAUCAAUAAUACCACGGUAAUUUUCAAACGGCUACAAAUUUACCGCGAGUGAA